UGUAUGCUUAGCACAUGUUACAGCAUAUGAUUAUUCGUAUGUUUUGAAUAAUUUACCAAGAAACAAAUCAUUUGAUCCAAGAAGCGUUGACAUUCCAAAGUUUUCUCUGAAGCAAAAUGGCGAUUUGGUUUCAGAGAAUCUUCCUGUUGCUUCUCGUUUCUAGUUGCGCAUCUUCAGAUUUUCUUGAAAAUUCGAACUUCGAAUCUCCACCAUUAAAUCUGUCUUCAAAUGCAAGCUCUAGUGCCUUCGUGUUGCUGGAUCAGAACACUACACUCCCUGGAUGGACAUUCCAAGGAACAGUACAAUAUGUUACUUCACCUGACCUUCCUGAUUCUGGACACGCGGUUCAGCUCGGUGAAGAUGGCCAGAUCAAUCAAACAUUCAUUGCCAAAGGUGAUGAUUUGAACUACAUCCUCACAUUUGCACUGAUCCCCGGAGGCCAGAACUGUUCCGUCUCUGCUGGUCUCAGUGUCUCGGGACCAGACAGCAAUUCUGUUUUUUCUUACAUGCAUAAUUACAGCAAGGUCUCAUGGCAGAGCUACAGUCAUAACUUGGGUAAAUGGGGGAAUGGUGAGCCUAUCAACCUCGUUCUUGAAAGCCAGGCGAUAGAUGCUGAUACAAACUCCACAUGUUGGCCUAUUGUUGAUACAUUGCUCAUCAAGACUGUUGGUGUAACACUAGAUCAAGACAGUGGUAAUCUCUUAACCAAUGGUGGAUUUGAAUCUGGACCGGGUUUCUUACCCAACUCAACCGAGGGAGUUCUGAUUGACGCAGUACCAAGUCUGAUCCAGUCAGCAUUAACGCAGUGGUCUAUCAUAGGAACAGUCAGAUACAUAGACUCGGACCACUUCCAUGUCCCAGAAGGCAAAGCUGCGGUAGAAAUUCUGGCUGACACAGCUCCAUCGGGCAUACAGACAGCAACAAGAGACACAAGUGAAGGUUACAGAUACAACCUCACAUUUACAUUAGGAGAUGCCAACGAUGCAUGCGUAGGACAUUUCAUUGUCGGCGUUCAAGCUGGAUCAGCAGCUCAAAACUUCACACUGGAGAGCAAUGGGACUGGCUCUGGUGAGAAGUUUGGGUUAGUGUUUGAAGCAGACAAAGAUGCAGCACAGAUAAGUUUCACCAGCUACUCGGUUACAAUAACAAAAGAGGAUGUUCUUUGUGGACCUGUGAUUGAUGAAGUGAUCGUACAUCCUCUUGGUGGAAAAGCCUCGUUAAAACCUACAUGGUUGCUUCUUAUUUUCGCUCUGUUGUAUGUUGCAGUUCUCUGA